AUGGCAGCCCCCAUGACAAAAACAAAAUUGUCCAAGUCAGAAAAGAAAAUUAACAAAAAACUCAAUCGUUCUAUGCAACUGAUAUGCAAAAAAGAUAAAAUAGAAACUACAACCGUUGCUUCAAAUGUUUUGUGUGUUUAUAAUGGUGGAUUGGAUGUAGGGGUCUGUCAAGAAGCAGUUUAUGAAUUAUUUAAAGAAUAUGGAGAAAUUACUGAGAUUAUCAUGAUUCCACAGAAAGCGUAUUGUUUUGUCUGCUACCAGAAUGAGAAAGAUUCUGAAAGGGCAUGUGAUGCAUUAACCGGUCACAAUAUGAAAGCAGAUGGACAAGAUUGUAAAUUAAAUAUAUUUUAUGUUAGCCAAGUUCCCCCAAGUAUAGGACCAACAUCAACCAUACCUCCAGGUUUAAUUCUGUUAAAAGAUUUUAUAAGUGAAGAAAAAGAAGACCAAUUGUUAAAAUAUAUUGAAUGGCAAGAAGGAACAGAUCAAGAUUUCAAACUUAGAAAAGUAAAACAUUAUGGAUAUGAAUUUGAUUAUGCUGUGAAUAUUGUGGAUCCAAAUAAACCAUUGGCACAAGGAAUACCUGACAUAUGUCAUGAUUUUCUACAUAAAGCUAAAGACAUGUCAGUUAUAAAAUACAUACCUGAUCAGUUAACGAUCAGUCAGUACCCACCUGGUCAAGGUAUGUUGUCUCAUGUUGACACUGUGGGUGAUUUUGAAGAUGGAAUAAUGUUAUUAAGUCUUGGAUCACAGGUUUUAAUGGAAUUUCACCAUCCUAAAGGUGAACAUCUCUCCCUUGUGUUACCCCCAAGAAGUUUAUUAGUCAUGACAGGCGAAUCUACAUAUAGGUGGUCACAUGGUAUUACGCCACAGAAAACUGAUAUUAUUAAUUCAGCAGAUGGUCAAUUUAAAGUAGCAAAACGGGGAAUACAAACUUCUUUUACUUUUAGAAAAUUGGCUAUCAAUAAAGGGUCACUUGAAAACAAUGCAUCAUCAGAUCAUGAUGGAAAAGAAAGAAUUUGUUUACCUAAUACAGAAGAAGAAGCAAUAAGUUUAGAACAACAACAUGUACAUCAAGUUUAUGAAGAAAUAGCAGAUCAUUUCAGUAGCACACGUCACUCUCCGUGGCCUCAAAUAGUAGAUUUUCUAAAAGAACAGCCUCUAGGAUCAAUCAUGGCUGAUAUUGGGUGUGGAAAUGGGAAAUAUCUUGGUAUAAAUAAAACCAUAUAUUCUAUAGGAUCAGAUAGAAGUUUUGGUCUUGUAAAAAUCUGUCAAGAGAGAUGUUUUGAAGCUCUGGUAUCCGAUGUGAUGUCUAUACCUUUACGAUGUAAUAUAUGUGAUGUUUGUAUAUGUAUAGCAGUUAUACAUCAUUUAUCAACUAAGGAGCGACGUUUUGGAGCUGUGCGAGAGUUGUUGAGAAUUUUACGACCUGGCGGCAAAGUUUUAAUAUAUGUUUGGGCUUUAGAACAGGAGAGACACAAAGUGAAAUCUAAAUAUUUGAAACAACAAAAAAAACUGAAUUCUGUGAAUAGUGAUAAAGUAUCUGAGAAUAAAGAAUCACCCCAAAAUGUAAUUUUAGAAAAUGUGCCUGGAGCUGAUGAAUCAUCAUUAACAAAAACUGUGUCAACAGUAGAAUCAAACCCUACAUCAAAAACAUUGCAAGAAUGUAGUGAACUUAGUCUGGAAGAUGGAAAUCAAAACGAUCGAACAGGCAAAAAUAAUAUAAAUAUUCAUGUCAAUAGGACAGAAUUCAAAGAUCAAGAUAUGUUUGUUCCCUGGCAACUUAAAAACAAUGACAAAAAACAAAAGGAUGCUAAUAAUGAAGUACCACCUACAUAUCAUAGGUUUUAUCAUGUUUUUAAACAAGGAGAGUUAGAAGAGUUAUGUACCUUGGCUGGUAAUUGUGAUAUUGUAAAAAGUUAUUAUGAUCAGGGCAAUUGGUGUGUCAUACUACAGAAAAUAUCAUGAGACUCAUAUUUCAGAAUUAAAUAAAAAAUAAAAGUAGAUUUUGAAUCCGCAUUGUUAUAUUAUGAGGAAAUGUUAUAAUCUCAAUUAAAGAUACAUUAUGGGAGAUUCGAUAACGAGUUGGCAGUUCUCACUAUAAUAGUUAAAAACUAGAUAAUGUAAAGGCAAUUUGAUGAAAAUUUCAUUCAAAUUGAUCUACUAUGAACCGAGAACAAAACGAUCAAAUUUCCGCCUAGCCUUGAUCAUCAUUACUAAAGUCAGUACGUUAAACAGCAUAGUCUCGAUUAUCCAUUGAAUCAUUAAAUCGUGAAGAAAAGUUAUGCAGUAAAUCAGCUCACAAUCCACCAAAGAUCGCAGGCUGGCGAUGCCAUCUAGAGUUGAUUAUGGUCUGGAUAGGUUAAUUAGGUUUGAAGAUGAGCAUACUCUGUUUACGACUUCAGCUAAGCGGAAUAUAAACAAUUUAAUUGGUCAAUGGUUUGGGACACCUUCUAAUUGCAGUAGAAUGUUCAAACUUGGCGUAGGGGGGAUGGAUGGUCGAAUAGUUAGCACAUGGGCACUGUAUCAUAAGGUCUGUCAUUGAUUCAACUGGUGUUGUUUCGAUUCCACGGUUGUAUGUGACAAUGAGUAGGGGUACCUGUCCAACCUCAUGGAUUUUCUCUGGGUCCUCUGGUGGUUUCCUCCCACUGCUAAAGACCUCUACGCACAAGCAAAUUUUUGACAUAAAAAUUGAACCAUGGGUUAGUCCCGGAAUGACCUAGUUUGUGUUGAGUGGACAUUAAACCCCAUUUCUCUCUCUCUCUCUCAAACUUGGUGUAGGUGUUUAUUAGGUGAAUGUCUUGGAGUUCAAAGACGAGAAUACUCUGCUUAGGCUAAGCAGUAAUAUGUUGCCCAAUUUCGAUAGCGAGUAUUUUCUGCUUAGUGUAAGCAGAGCAAUAAGGAAUUUGACUGGCCGAUAUUUGGUUGUUAUGAGUAGAGGGUCUCCGUGAGUAAGAGACUAGUUCACUAACUAUGAGGUCUAAGGGCCCGAUGUUAUCGUUUGACCGAUAAAGCUCCUUUAAAUUUUACAGCCAGGUUUCCACAGUUCAGGAUGGAUGGCCUGGGAAGGAACGACAUCAAGUCAUUUGGGUGGGACAAAAAUCUGAGGUCCUGUCUAUAUGUGGGCAUUCAUGUAAAAGAUGUAAUUUAAAUGGUCUGUUGUUAUAAUAGCUGAACUUGAAUAUUUUCAAGAUACAAAUGCCUAAGAAGAGCAAUUUAAAGAUACAUCAGUUAAGAUUUUAAUAAAGAGUUGUUCAUUCUUGAUAUAACAGUUCAAAAAUAGAUGAUAAAAAAUGAAAAUAUUAAAAAUUUCAGUCAAAUUACUUUAUUCUGAAUGAAGUUAUCAUUGUUGGAGGUUUGGACUAGAAAUAGGUAUCAACUGUCUCCGCACCAUCUCCAUGAAUUGCCGAUCGUUUGAUUGACAGA